AUGAUCAAAAAGAUAAAAGAAUGAAAACCAUGGCACCAGUCUCUAAUCCCAGUGAGACAUGUCAGGUGCACUCAGCCCCCUGCCAUACCCAGAGGACGCCCAUGGGUGGCAGGGCUGUUCCGGACCACUGGACGGGGGACGGAAUGCUCUCUGAUUGGUCGGCGGUGUGCGCGUCCCCUCCCGGUUUUCCUGGCAUGACCUUUUCCCUUGGCAACCACUUCCUCCGAGCAUCCACGGCCAUCUUUAAUUUUAAGUCAUUCAUGAAAAGUUGUUUCGCUCAUGUUAACACGCCGAGUGACACAUUUGCGCACAACGUAGCAUCUCCGGCGCUGUGUGCAUGUAGUUUCCAGCGACGUGCUCCGAACAGAGCCGAGCAGCACCGCAGCAGGCUGUCCGCAGAGAAUAAUAUGAGAAAGAAGCAGACUGCCAAACAGAGGAAGACCGAGGAGACUCCAGUUGUGCAGGAGUUUGUGGUAGAACAAAUAAUUCUCCGCAGAAUCUAUAACGGAAGAGUGGAGUACUUCCUGAAGUGGAAAGGUUUCACAGAUGCAGACAACACAUGGGAACCUGAGGACAAUCUGGACUGUCCUGAACUCAUCCAAGAGUUUCUGAGAAACACCCAUUUUUUUAAUGAGGAAGAGCAAAAUGAGCAAGAGUUCAUUCCCAAAGAAGAAAUGACAGAGCAGGAGACGGAAAUUUCAUGUAUGCAGUCUCUGCAGCAGACUCACACUGUGCAGAGCAACAGCGAGCCAAAUGAUGAGCAGUCAGACACCCCCACUAACCUCAGCACUCACCUCGAACCUGAAUGCAUCAUUGGCGCCACGGACAGAAAGGGAGAGCUCAUGUUCCUCGUCAAAUGGAAGAACUCUGACGACGUGGCCCUGCUGCCGGCUCGUGAAGCCAGCGCCAGGUGUCCCCAGGUGGUCAUCGACUUCUACGAGCAGAAGCUGACCUGGCACUGCGGGGACGAGGAGCAGUGAAGUGUGAACUGAUAAGCAGCUGUGCUCUCACCUGAAGCUUAGUUUAACCUUCCUAACCAUCAAGUGUCCUCCUUCAGCUGACAUUCAGAGUGUGAAAUUACACUGCACGUAGAUUUUCAGAUUCUGGCAGGUGCAAGAUCCUCAGCAGGGAUGGAUUCUCAGUCCUGUGGUGCUCAACGAGGUCUCUGUGCCUUUGUGAGGAGACUUAAACUAACCUUUGUGUGAAGAAGCUGAUUUAAAGUCAGACUAACCUGUAGCAGCUUUGUCUCGCGUGAGCAGACACAAUCACUGUGGACAUGUGUAGCUUUUACUGAUAUAUAGUGACCUAAUAUUAAAAGUUGUGUUUAGCUAUGUCUUGGUUUUUAUCUGUGUGCUUUAUAUUUUUUUAUAGUGAAACUGUGUAGGCAGAGUGAACUAACUCGUAGCUUUUAGUUAGAGCUCAAGACUGUAGACCUGUUUUUUGAACGCGUAUUGUCUGAAGUGUUUAUAACCACAACUCUAAGCGGUUUCUGUAUGACCCUUGUGUUUGAUGUCAAACAUUUAAAAAAAUGUCCCCACAAUAAAUGUCCCUGUAUUUCCAAUCAGCUGCUAAGAACCAAAUAUUUUCAUUUCUGAAUUGAAUUAUAACAAGAAUAUAAUUAGGUUUUUAAAAAACUAAAUUAUUACAAAGUGAAGUACUGGCAGAAUUACUCAGAGUAAUAUUUCUAAAGUGAAUUUUUGAGAAACAAUAACUUUUGUGCACCUAUGAUGGCUAAUGAGAUUGUUAAGUGUAACACUUUAGAAAACGAGCCUGUAAAACUACACGGGUCAUUCUCUUCCAGUAACCUUACAGGUCUGUGGGACUGUUCCUGCUUAUGGCACUGUCGUGACUCAACAUAUCUCCCAUGACUGUUAUGGGACACUCAGCUGAACCUUAAACCUCCUAAAACACACAUGCUACUGAAUUAUUGACUAACUGUUGACCAUGGAUCUGUGAAGUCUGUGAAUAAAGGAAACUUUUUUGUGAA